AUGCCAGUUCCCGUCCCCAGCUUUUCCAAGCCAACUGCCCACGCAGUCAUCAAGCAGCACCAGAGAGCCCAAUCUGGCGCGAGCACAAAUUCUUUCGCGUUGACGCACUCGCACUCUCUCCCGCCUCAGGGGCCGCCGGCCGCCUUUGGCUCGCGCGAGGAAUGGAUAUCUUCUCUUCCCGACUGGCGUAGGAACAAGCCUCGCAGGAUCUGGGAGGAGGACGAAUAUCCGCAGCAGGGUUUUCGCUCUGGGUUGGCGCCCGCGUUCAACGACGCAGGUGCCAUUAAAGGCCAGCGCGCGCAAGCGUGCGUGCCGCCCCCGCAUCAGCAGUUGGUCAUCGACGAAGACGCGGACGAGAUCGAUUUCGAAUACAUUCGCGAGUGCGAUCAGCUCGACUACGACGUCGAGAGCCAGUGGAGCGGCCAUAGCUCAGGUACAGACGAACACAUCAUGGACCUGGAUGCCCCGGACCGCUUCUCGGGCCUUAGCCGGGACAUCGAUUCUGUCCCCUAUACCGAUGGCUUCCUCCCCACAACCGUUCCUCGCGAGCGCGUUCGUGGCACCGGCUUCAGCCCCCGUCGCCCUGUGACGCCCUUUGCCGAGUACGUGGACCGCGCCACCGCAGCAGACCAGCAGCAGCAGCAGUCGUUCGCCCCGCAGGGGGCCGUGCAGCCCGCGAACUGGUCCUAUGCUCCGCAGUUCGAGACCAACUACCCGCAGCCAGCGCCGGCGCCUUUCUACGAGCAGCAGGAAUCUGCUCCAGCUCCUGAGCCCGCUGCGCCUUCGGCUACCCUGACCUACAAGGCUGUUGCCGACCCGCUUGCGGAUUGGAUGGCCGACUACGUCUGGAAAGCGUGCACCGUCGGCAUCAGCCUGGCGCCUCACUACUCUCCUCACGGUCAGCAUGAGUUGCGUUACUCGGCACUACCGCCGUCGCAUCUGGCGACUUCGAUCCGGUCAUUGCUCAUGUCGACGCUGCUCCAGCCUUCCGCGAUCAUACUCGCUGUUUGGUACAUUGUUCGUCUGCCUGUCAGCUUCGGCCCCGUUGUCGACGGCGGUAUUCGCCAGCAGACCGAGGUCGACUUCCGCAGCGCUCUCCUCGGCAUGAACCACCACUACGGUAUUGUCGAACGCGAGGUGUUUGAGAAUAACGUGGCUUUCCGGCUCGUCCUCCUUGGCUGCAUGCUGGCCAACAAGUGGCUGGACGACCACACGUUUUCCAACAAGACUUGGCACUCCAUCUCCGGUGUUCCCAUCCAGGCCUUGAACACCCUCGAAACGGCCGCGCUCAAGGUUUUCAAGCACGAUCUGUCCGUACCCAAGGUGGCUUGGUCCCAAUGGCUUGAUCACGUUCUGUCCUAUCAAUCGACAUCGUCUCCCAUCGGCCCGCCUCAACCCAUUUCCCGUCCGGGCAAUGAUCCUCGUGCUAUCAUCCGGCGCACAGUCGAACAGCUCAUCGAUGUCGCCGUUCGGAGCGGCCAGCCGCAUGCGUGCGAAGACCGUAGCUGCAAACUGGAGCAUCCCCAGCCAGUCUUCAUUGAGACGGAAGAGCGCAAGCAUCUGAUGGAGACCACUUCGCUCGAGUUGGACAUCGAUCUGGACGAAGAUGGACCCCUUCGCGAGGAGUACAUGCCGAAGCGCCGCGUCAGCCGCGCCGGUUCGGACCGCGAUGCGCGCUUCGCUCUGCCUAGCGCUCCGCGUCCUGCCGAUGAUUGGAGCAUGGAACGUGCCCUGCCGCCGCCCGCGCGCUGGAGUCCAGACGCUGAUGAGCCGCUGUCGAGAGGCAUGAAGCCCGAGAUGAACAGGCACUUUGCGCCCCAGCCGCCGAUGGCACCGCCUGCGCCGCCGCCCAUGCAGCCGCCGACUACGUUCGCGCCCUCCUACGGCUCCACAGCAUCAUGGGCGCAGAACAAGAUCGAGCCUCCUGCUGUUCCGAAGAUGCAACUGCCGCACAUUCAGACGUCGUACGGCGGUAUGCACGGGCGCUCGAUGUCGAUGUCCGCCGGCGCCGGUCAAUAUGAUGUGCCAGCUGGACACGGACGCUCGGCUUCGCAGAGCUUCUACGGACCGUCGACGGGCUACGCCUACAGCGACAUGCGCAUGACGGCCAAGUCGCAGUACCAGACUCAGCAAGACUCGUACUGGUCUGCUGCCCCGACCCAACGUCCGGCGUACGAGGCUGCCUGGUCCAGGCUCGUGCAGCCUGCCACCGCACUCUUCCACCACCAGCAGGCCCCGUGGAUCCGUGUGGGUGUUUGA